CAGGCACUUGAGAGCUAACCUUGACACAUGGCCCGCACUGUCAGGGGUCUUAGUCCUCGCCCCCGCCACCGCCACCGCCCCAGCACUGGCCACUCCUUGGACCACUGCUUGGGACUAGAUACAGAACCAAGGCUCAGUGUGAGUGCCAGCAUCUGCGUUCGGACUCAGUCAGCUCCUCGGGUACUGUCUGCGCGCCUCAGCCAGCGGACUCCCCUCCUGCGCAGCCGUCUGCAGCCCCUACUGCCUGUCCGUCCACGAAGCCCCACACCCCGAGUGGGGCGCCGCUCAGUACGCCGCAAGCCCGGCCACCAGCGCCACAGGUCUGCACAAUGCACCGCGCAGCCAGAGCCGGUUGCCCGGGGCGACCACAGGACGCCCAGCCGCGGGACUAGGGGCUGGGGCAGAACAGCACGCGCUUCAGGGCGGGUCCCAGCAGGGGCCGGCGGCCAAAGGAAGCAGCUACACGAGGCGAGCAUGGAGAAUGGCGAAAGGAAGAAGCUGUCUUCCACUUCGUUGGAUGAAGAUCAGAAAGAAGAAAAUAAAUUAAAACAAGGAAUUCCCCAAGAUUUGUCUUCUUCCCCCAAAUUAGACAGAUACAAAAUAGCAAGACAAUUAACAGAAAAAGCCAUCAAGGAAAAGAAGAUUUUCUCCAUCUAUGGACACUACCCCGUCAUCCGGGCCACGCUGCGAAGAAAGGGCUGGGUGGAGAAGAAGUUCCAUUUCUUGCCCAAAGUUCUUCAGAAUGUGGAAGGCGAAGAUAAUAAAAGUGCAGAGACCAAAGAAAAUCAAGAAAUACCCUUGGAAAGAUUAGACGAUAUCCAUGAUGUGAUGUCCAGGUUGGUAAAGAACGAGAUGCCAUACCUCCUCUGGACUAUCAAGAGGGAUGUUGUGGACUAUCACAGCCUGACCUGUGACCAGAUGCUGAACCACUAUGGGAAGACAGCAUCGUUCACCACCAAGAUUGGACUGUGUUUGAACAUGAGGAGCCUGCCUUGGUACGUCCAGGCCAACCCCAACGCCUUCUUCCCACGUUGCUAUGGCCUCUGCACGGAGAGUGAGAAGCAGGAAUUCUUGGAUGACUUUCGGCGCACAGUGGCUUCCAGCAUCCUCAAGUGGGUAGUGAGCCACCAGAAUUACUACAGUAAAAUCAAGGGCAAGAAUAAGAAGGAGGAGACCAAGAAUGGAGAGCCCAGUCCCCAAAAAGAUCCGGAGGAUACUGACCUCAAGUUCCAAGGCCUCUCGGGACAGCUUGUGGAUGCAGCAUGCAAGGUGUGCCAGGCCUACCUGGGACAGUUGGAGCACGAGGACAUUGACACCUCGGAGACCAGCACUGAAGCGCUGUCUGAGGAAGAAUGGAAUGAUCUGACAAAGCAGUACUACUUAUUGGUUCAUGGCAAUGCUUUCAUCCUUGAUUCGAGAAGUUACUUUUCACAGUGCCAGACUCUGCUGAGUAAGAUCAGCUCUGUGAACCCUCAGAUAGACAUCGACGGGAUUCGAAACAUCUGGAUCAUAAAGCCUGCAGCAAAGUCUCGAGGUCGAGAUAUUGUGUGCAUGGACCGUGUGGAGAGCAUCUUGGAGUUGGUGGCCACGGACAACCAGACCACAAAGGACAACAAAUGGGUGGUCCAGAAGUACAUCGAGACGCCAAUGCUCAUCUAUGACACCAAGUUCGACAUCAGACAGUGGUUCCUUGUCACAGACUGGAACCCUCUAACCAUCUGGUUCUACAAGGAGAGCUACCUCCGUUUCUCCACGCAGCGGUUCUCCCUGGACAAGCUGGACAGUGCCAUCCACCUGUGUAACAACUCCAUUCAGAGGCGUCUCAAGAACGACAAAGAUCGCAGCCCACUGCUACCGGGACAUAACAUGUGGACCAGCACUCGUUUCCAGGAGUACCUGCAGAAGAGAGGGCGAGGGGGAACAUGGGGUAGCAUCAUCUACCCUUCUAUGAAAAGAGCUGUCACCAAUGCCAUGAGGGUAGCUCAGGACCACGUAGAAGCCCGUAAGAACAGCUUCGAGCUCUAUGGAGCCGACUUCAUCCUUGGGCGAGACUUCAAGCCCUGGCUCAUUGAGAUCAACUCCAGCCCCACCAUGCACCCCUCCACUCCCGUCACAGCCCAGCUCUGUGCCCAGGUACAGGAAGAUACCAUCAAGGUCGUGGUGGACCGCAAACUGGACCGAAACUGUGACAUUGGCAACUUCGAGCUUCUGUGGAGGCAGCCUGCCGUGGAACUGCCACCAUUCAAUGGGUCUGACCUCUGUGUGGAAGGCAUCAGUAUGAAGAAAGCCAAGAAGCAAAUGCCUCCCAUCACCAACCUCAGUUUCUCAGAAUCACUCUCAGACACUCCAGUCAAAGUUCGGAGCCCCCGGGCUCUACCGGAUCCAGCAAUCGGGUCCUCCAGAAUGACCCUGCGGCAGGACUGGAAACGGGAAGAAGCAAAGGUACUUUCAGCCACCUGGUCUGUACCAGUAAUGGCUGUUGAGGGCAGAGGUCAAACAAAGCCCGCUUACACCUUCCCCAUUAGUAACUACCAACAUGGAGACAGUAAGGCCCCCAAAAGCACUUUUACCAGAGCCCAGUCCACUAAACUCUGGGAUCCAAACUUAACAAGUGUACAGCACUCUGCCCUGGUGCUGCAGAAUAUGAAAACCAUGGAGAAGCCCCAGUCUCCGCCACCUGAAGCAUCAUCAGGGCUUCCGUGGGACCUCCAAGCGCCGUGCCUAGUUUGCUGUGGCUUCCGCCCGCCCCACCCCGCAAGCCUCUCUCUGCGCCUAGAUACCAAAAGGCUCCUUCUGCUGCUCGGGCGGCGGGCGGCCAGGCAGCUGGCGGAGCCAAAAGACGAGGACCAGGAUGAGGACCAGCACCGGAUCGAGACGCCCCCAGAUCGUGGCUCGUCUCUGCAGGAACCGACACAUAGACGAGGGACCUUGUAUACAGAGCUAUUUUAGAGAAAUUGCGGUUGCCACCAUGGUAUUUCUUGUGGAGCCCCGCCCUCUCCUGUGCCCGCACCCCAGUCCUCCUGCUCGGUCCCUGGGCAGACAUACAUACAUAGUUAACUCCAAUCUGGCCACGAAACAGAUGAGGGACGGUCAGCCCUGGCACCAUGACAACCUUUCCUCUCUGAGGGUUGUUUCUUUGCUGCGGGGUGUCUCCAAACGGGGAGGGUCCCUUGCAGGACACUCAUUCAUUUAUUCAACGAGACUGGCUGUGCUUGUCCAAUGCUCUGCACUCAAGCAUGGGUGCUAGGCAAGGGUGCCCACCCUGGGGUAGGUCCUUCAGAUUCUAUCAUAGUGCAGUUUUGGAACCCCCUGGUGUUAAAGGGACCAGACAAUCUAUGGACACCCCAAGCACAGGGAAAGGGUCCAAGUCCUCCCUGGACUAAGGCUGAGGGGUCCUGAUACGGUGAACAGAGCCAGCUGUUGGUGACAUUGGAGGUCUGCUAUUGUAUGAAUAUGUACCCCCAAAAGUCCAUGUCCUGGGAACUUGGUCCCCAGGACAGUGGUAUUGAGAGAGGAGACCUCUGCCAGGGCCCUUGUGAACUGAUUAAUCCUUUCAUGGAUUAAUAGACUGUCUCGAAUAAGGCUUUUGUUUUAAAGGCAAGUUCCCUCAGGUACACUUAUUUGCACAGUCUGCAUGUGACACCCUCCACAUGUCAUGACACAGCACCAAGCCAUCAGACACACAUCAACACCCAGCGUCACAUGUGCUAGUUGAACUUCCUAACCUCCAGAACCAUGAGCCAAAUAAAACUCUGUUCUUUAUAAAUGUC